AUGCCACCUUGGUCUAAUUCCCCCAUCUUUCAAUACCCCACUACAAACUGUGGGCAAGAGCAGUGGGCAGCUCGGCUAAUCACCAUGCUCGCCCAUGGGUUGCAUGCAAACAACAACCACCUAGCAUCUCUGGACACCUUCCACCCCCUUGCUGAGAGGUACUACGAGCCUCAUAGGAUGAACAAUUUGGAUGCUGUUGAAUAA